AUGCCGCCAAGACUGAACCGAGCCAACAGCCAGUCCAUUGAGGGCCCGGCUGUGUUGCAACGUCUCUCGACUGUUGAAGAUGACGUCCUCAACUCCCGUAACCAUGCUGGUGGUGAAGGUUCGGUUGGACACAAGACGCAACAAGGGUAUUUUAAUAUAUUAUGUAUAACCCUCAUGAUCUAGUUGGACGACCAAAUAUUGUUAUUUUCAGAUCUUCAGAGUAUCAUCCAUCUACAACAAACAAGAGUCAAAAAGGACUGACUUCUGGAGAUCGCAUCUGCAAAAAUGUCGUGGAAAAAGGCAGGAAGAGUGAAGUAGCUGAAGUAGAACUACCUGCUAAUUUUAAGUCUUCCAUACCUCGCGAACGGGUACGUACACUACUACGACCACUAUCACCUCAGCAACUUCGUCUACAUCACAUGAUCCCUCCCUCCUAAAACAUCGGACACAUCCCUUCCUCCUGAAACAUCUGAAACUUGUGCAACACCACGAGGACCUCUAAACCCUGUCAUAUAACGCAUUCCAUUGCACCAGGUGCAGCCCAGUCGGUUGCUUCGAGGGUUUAAUCGGGGGCGGUGAGGUCCACGAUGACGGUGAAGUCGAUGUUGUCCUGGUAGGUGGCGGUAUUAUGUCCGCGACUGUUGGCGUCCUUUUGCAGCAAUUGGAACCCACUUGGAAGAUCCGCCUCUUCGAGCGUCUCUCGCAGUGCGGUGAGGAAGCUAGCAACGGGUAUACUUACUUUGUGAUGUGAAAGAAAUCAGUGAUUAUAAAAAUCAAUAGACUUGCACGACUGGCACUUGAUGUAGGGUCGUAAGAUUACUUUCGACAUGGAGGUCUUGAUGUUGUUUUAUUAGGUUCACCCGUCAUCGUGAGAAUGGAUAGAUGCUGUAUGAUGAUUCCUCGGGAAGUACCAACAUUAGAUGAGGAUCAAUCACGACUAUUAAAUCACGUCAGUUGGAACAAUGCUGGUACUGGUCACGCUGCUCUCUGCGAGUUGAACUACACUCCAGAAGUGAAAGGCGAAAUCCAAAUUGACAAGGCGAUCGCCAUCAACGAAAAAUUCCAAGUCAGCCGACAGUGGUGGGCUUGGCUUGUGGUAAUGAGAACUUAACUUCUUGCUCAUGCUCUUCGUGAAACUAGAAUUUAAGUUCUUUGUACAGAACUUAGAACUAUUUCUUGUUCAUGACUAGGUGAUGAUCGAAAGCCAUUCUGUGAUAGAGUAGCAUUUCGACGACACCUGCAUUUCGACCCACUCACUCAGACUCAAGGCUUGUUGUCGAGCGACACUUCUACGUUCAUCAACAACACACCGCAUAUGACCUUUGUUCAUGGCGAGAAGAACGUCGAUUACUUGCGACGCCGUUUUAACUUGUUGAAGCAAGAGCCUCUCUUCUUAAGGCUUCCUCUAAAAGAAAUCCCUCCGUCUUCAGUUUCAGAAGCAUCUUGAAGCUAUCCUCCCAUUUAAGGGAAAGGAAGCACAUCAAGAUGCGUCUCACGAUGGACGAUAUUAGAGUUGAAGGUGAAGAUCUCACUCUAAUUUUCAAGGACAUGGCCUACUCCGAAGACACCCGACAGAUCCGUGCAUGGGCACCGCUGUUGUACUCCGGCCGCACAGACAACCAGCCGAUUGCAUGCACGUACGUCGAGAAGGGAACAGACGUCGACUAUGGUCAAUUGACGAAGCAACUGGUUACCGGUUUCGUGCGCUCUGGUGGUCAAGUUCGCAUGAACCACGAGAUCUCCUCGAUCUCGCAGCUCGAUAACAAGCAGUGGGAGGUAUAACUAUAAUAUGACUUUACAAACAAAGUAGUCGUUCUUAUAACAGAAAGAAAAGAAAUUUUUCUUCUACAAACAACACCUCCAGCAUGAACAGAUUGUAUCCUCUGCAAACUAUUUGACAACUCAUCAACAAACAGGUCGUCGUCUACAAACGUGAUUUGUCUGCGACUCGUUUGUCGAAGGUCCGCGCCAAGUUUGUCUUCGUCGGAGCGGGCGGUGCGACUCUGCAAGUUUUGCAGAAGACUGGUAUUCCUGAAAUUCGUGGCUUCGGUGGGUUCCCGAUCAGUGGUGAAUUCUUGGUGUGCCAGUUAUGAUUGAGGGUUGCAUGAUUUGAUCUACUGUCAUGUUUGUUUUAGCCAUAGUACUUCUAGCCAGUCUACUCGGGACAAUCCGAAUCGACUAACAGUAUCAUUCUUUCUCGGGACAGUCAAUGAAGAGAACGUCACUAAGUAGAAGUUGUUUGAUUAUCAGGUUAGAACCUGUACCUGAAUCUUACAGCUAGUUUGUACUUCUCCUUCUACUCCUGAUAAACUUUUACUUAGUGACGUUCUCUUCAUCCUCAACCCUCCCACAACUCCGAGGAGCCUCGUCCCCUCCAUCUGCCUCUUCUAAUCCUCAACCCGGACAUCGUCAAAGCCCACCCAGCCAAGAUCUACGGAAAGGCAGCUGUCGGCGCUCCGCCAAUGUCCGUUCCACACUUGGACGCUCGCAUUAUUGACGGAAAGCCAAUGGUUCUCUUUGGACCCUAUGCAGGAUUCUCGCCGAAGUACUAUACAUAGAUUUUAUAGUUUUUCUUUAAGUUUAAGAUGAUGUUGAGCUUUUUUCUUCAGGAGCGGCAGACCCAAAGUACUUAGUUUCCUUCAGUGAUCGGCAUGUUGCUUGCACAGCAACAUCUUGAAGAUUUCAUGUUAUCCAUUUUCAUCCAAUCUACGGUAGUACUCCUAGUAGGUGGUACAAGAAAAUGUCACAGUGAGAAGGACCACCAUACAAACAUCCAUCCUCCAACUGCACCAGGUACCUCAAGUCCGGUUCCAUGACUGAUAUGUUCUCGACUUUGCGUCCGCACAACAUUAUUCCGAUGGCCGCGGCAGGAUUGCAAAACUUGGAUUUGACCGUGUAUUUGAUCAAAGAGCUCAUGGCUUCCAAGGAAAAGAAGCUCGAGGCGUUGAAGGAAUUCAUCCCGGACGCUAAGCCGGAGGAUUGGACAGUACUACUAAUCAUGUUCUUGCUGGUUCUGUUCUUGAGAUUGUCGUGCUGUUGUCUUCAGAGCUUUGACGAGGAUGGUUUGCAUUUUUCGUUGCAAAAAUCUGUCUUCGUAUCUUCUUUGGUUAAGUAGUCCCUAACCCUAUUGACAACAAAUGAUAAUGAUAUCAGUCUCCGGGUACGGUCUAGUUAGAAGAUGUUCUCAUUUCUGUUUCUCCUCACUUUCACUCGCUACUUGACCUGCCUUUAUUCUCUACAGAUCUGCACCGCUGGCCAGCGUGUCCAGAUUAUGAAGUCUGAUCCGAAAAAGAUUGGCAUCCUCCAGUUUGGUACCGAAGUCGUUUCUUCCGCUGAUGGCACGAUCGCGGGUCUCUUGGGCGCCUCUCCUGGUGCUUCUGUCUCUGUCCAAGUCGCAGUUGACGUCUUGCUUGGUUGCUUCCAGGACCGUGUGGCCGCUUGGACACCGAAGUUCAAGCAAAUGAUUCCGAGUUUUGGAACGGAGAUGAGCAGCAACCCAGCCAUGGCAGCGAAGAUCAUGGAAGCUAACGCUAGAAUCCUGAAGAUCUAA